AUGAAUAAGAUCAAAACUGCCAACUUUAGUCCCAUGAGGAAAAGGCAGAAAAGAAUGCAAAUUGAAGUUCCUCUGAGCAGCUACAAAAUAGAGUUUAGGAACAUCACAAUUUUCAUUGUGGAGAGGAAAAUGGGAAUGACCAGGAGAACUUUCCUGAUGGAUCUAGCAAGAAGAAAAGGCUUCCGAGUGGAAAACGAAUUCAGUGAUUGUGUCACCCAUAUUGUGGCUGAGAAUAAUUCCUACUCUGAAAUCCUGGGAUGGCUGCAUAAACGCAAGGUGGAGGACAGCUCAAGAUUUAGGAUUCUUGACGUUAGGUGGUUGACAGCCUGCAUGGAGAUGGGAAGACCAGUGGAUUCAGAGAAAUAUCAGCUUCCUGUAAAAGUGGCAAAAUAUCCUACACUAAAUGAAGAUCAUUCUACUACUUCAGAUAUUGUCAGAAUUCGCAUUUCCCAGUAUGCCUGCCAGAGAAGGACAACUUUAAAGAAUUAUAACCAAAAGUUGACGGAUGCAUUUGAAAUCCUGGUUGAAAACUAUGAAUUCAAUGAAAAUAAAGACUUUUGCCUUGCAUUUGGAAGAGCAGCUUCUGUGCUGAAGGGUCUUCCAUUCACUGUAGUUCGAGUGAAUGACAUUGAAGGGCUGCCCUGGAUGGAAGAACGGGUCAAAGAAAUAAUCGAGGAUAUAUUAGAAGAAGGGGAGAGUUCUAAAGUGAAAGCAGUGCUAAACAAUGAAAACUACAGAUCAAUUAAACUUUUUACUUCUGUUUUUGGAGUUGGACUGAAGACAUCUGACAAAUGGUACAGAAUGGGACUACGAACUCUGGAAGAAGUAAAAUGUAACAAGAACCUGACACUAACAAGAAUGCAAAAAGCAGGGUUCCUGUACUAUGAUGACCUUAUUAGCUCUGUAUCUAAAGCCGAAGCAGAUGCGGCAACUCGGAUCGUUCAAGAUACAGUGUGGAAAAUUUUACCUAAUGCUAUUGUAACAUUAACUGGUGGCUUCCGAAGGGGGAAGCAGACUGGACAUGAUGUAGACUUUCUGAUUACUGUUCCAGGAUCAAGACAGGAAGAGGAACUGUUACACACAGUGAUUGAUAUCUGGAAGAAACAGGAAUUGCUCUUAUAUUAUGAUCUUAUUGAAUCAACAUUUGAAAAUACAAAGCUGCCAAGCAGAAAAGUCGAUGCUUUAGACCAUUUUCAGAAGUGCUUUGCAAUUUUAAAAGUCCAUAAGGAAGGAGUGAACAAAGGAAGUGCUGUCAGAUCAAAGGUUUUCGCUGAAGAAGAAACAAAAGACUGGAAAGCAAUUCGUGUGGAUCUGGUUGUUACCCCUUUUGAACACUAUGCAUUUGCUCUCUUAGGAUGGACUGGAUCUAGGCAAUUUGAACGUGAUCUGCGGAGAUAUGCCACUCAUGAGCGGAAAAUGAUGUUGGAUAAUCAUGCCUUAUAUGAUAAAACGAAGAAAAUUUUUCUGAGUGCUGCAAAUGAGGAAGAAAUAUUUUCACACCUGGGCUUGGAUUACCUUGAACCCUGGGAAAGAAAUGCCUAAAGAAAUUUUUAAUAAGGACUUGCUUAUGGAUCUGUCACAGGGGCAUCAUCAUGGAAAGUCAAUCAAGAUGGCAUCUACAACCACAUUAUCAACCCUGCAACCAUUCAAAACUAACUUUCUUGCACAUGUUGAUGUCACAUGCGUGGACAAAGGGGCAUGUUAACCACAGGGUCCUGGCUAUCCUCUUGACGUCUUUGACUCUUCUGCAAACAUGGCUGUUGCCAAUUGCUUUCACUCUUCCCCCCACUCGUCCUUCAUGGACAUUCAUGCCCAAGGUGGAAACAUAGUUUGGCAGAAUAAAAAACAAAAUAUAGUGGACAAAAAUUCAAGAUCAUGCCUGCAACCAUGCAACUGAAGUUCUAGCAUUUUGCAUGCAUCUAGAUGCAAAAAAAAAAAAAAAAAAGGAUUGAGGGUGUUGAUUUUGUGGGGAUGUGAUUACUGUCUCAAAAUUUUGAGUAGUUCCUUUGUUCAAUCUUUCAUAUAACCCAACUGAAGAACCUAUGGCUGGCUGGGGAAUUCUGGGAGUUGAAGUCCACAUGUCCUAAAGUUGCCAAGGCUGGAAAACCCAGAUAUACACCAAUAGAAUAUCAUAAUAAGUUAUGAUCUGAAUCAUCAUGCUAAAAGUCUUAGAAUCUAAAUUUGAAUGCAAAACAGAUUUUAAAAUUAGGGAUAAGUCCAAGACAGAUCAACAACAAUAAGAAAAUCACAGUUUACUGAGAUACAUGUUGACAGCCUUGAGGGUAAACUUAGCACAACAUUGGAAAAGGGAUGCAUCACCAUUGAGAAUGUAAACUUGGAGAUUAGGCAGCAAUGGCAAAAUUAACAGCAUAUAUUCAUAAUAGAGGUUUGGCCAAAUUUAAGCAGGAAUGGUGUCCAUGUACAUUAUAUAUUAUCCAGCAUGGCAAACUGAAACAUAUGGAGCAUAGUUUUAAAGGGGGAAAUAAUUGGCUAAAGAAGUAAAAUUAGAAAUAUAUGAAAAUUUUGAAUAUUUUUAAAUAUUGAACAUCAGGAGUAUAACAAAGAAGAAGUUAGAAUACAUUCACUCAAUAGUACUUUUACUAGCUUUUUUUUCUUUCCUUCCUCUUUUUUUAAAAAAGAGAUUUAUCUUUAAAUAAUAAAGUGGUGGACACAUUGGUAUUCAGCGAAAAUCCUUUCACUUUUUGUUAAAAAGAACUUAACAUAUUCUGCUUUUUAUAGUUAAUCCUUCAUCUAUGAUAUAUACUGAGUACUAACUGUACAACUUUUCAAUUUCUCUGUCCCCCUACUGAUAUUAUAUAUGUCAUGCCUCCAUUGGAGCUUGAAUCUGCGGAGGAAAAUGAGCUGGAACGGGACCCUAUGGAGGUUGAGGGGGAGGUAUCUGUGGCUGCAGAGGAAUGUGGGGAAGAGCAGGCAGAGGCAGGCCAGGGCCC